GGGAAUGGCAUGGUGUAGAUGGACCGGUAAGGCCAUCCCGUGACGACCGAAUCUGUGCAUUCUUUCCGCCAUAUGCUCCGGCUUCAGGUCUAAGUAGGCGUCAUAGGUAGGCAAUGGAUGGCACCGACUCCCCGCCCACGGCCGACCAGCAGGAGAACGAGCCAUCCCCAGGCGUCGCACCCAACGUGGCGUCCAGCCCUGCCGGCGCAUCGCAAGAUGGGCAGCUCUUAGACCACCAGCAGCAGCAGCCAAACAUCGCCGCAACCACCAGCCAGUGUCAGCCUGCGCACCCGCACCAGGCAGCACCAGCACCAGCUCCAGCUCCAGCACUUGCAGCAGCAGCAGCAGCAGCUGCAGAAGUUGAGCCUGGCGAGGAGGCACUCCAGCGUCCGAUUGAGGAGGCGGUGAUGGGCAGCGAUGUGGAGGACGGCGGUCGGCGUCCAGAUGACGAUGUUGUGAUGUCUGACGAGCAGGACGAGCUCAUGGCCGAGGAGGAGGCGAAGCGGCGGGAGUGGGCCGCCAGAUACACACUGACCCGCGGUCCUGACACGGCGGGGGAGCCUGCAGUAGCUGCGGCUGGUGCCGGUGAGCCACCUAGGGAGGCUGCCGCUGCCCAGCCACACGCGACAGACGGUGAUGAGCAAAUGCCGCCGGCAGGACCACCACCACCACCAGCAGUGGCAGCGGCGGCUGCAGCUGCAGCAGCAGCAGAGGAGAGGAGCGGUGAGGGGGAGGGUGAGGGAGAGGGGAAGGGCGAUGCCGCCAUGGAGAGGGAGGCGGCUAGGGGUGAGGAUCAGCACGGGGGAGAGGCUGCUGUAGACGACGGCGGGGGCAGGGAGCAGGCUCAGGCUCAAGCACCGGCACCGAUGGAGCUGGAGCAAGAUCAAGGCGAUCAAGCGAAAGGUACGAUCAACAAAAGAGGCAGGCGUCCGCCCGCCACAACACGUACGUCUUCACCAUUGCCCCGAUGUGUUUCCUUUCCUUUGUGUGCAGACGUCCCUCCCCCCCUCCCUGAUCUGGACGCCACAUCGCAGCCUGACAUCCCCGAUGAGUCGAUGGGUGGCGGCGGUGGCGGUGUAGGCACUUCGGGCGGCGCCAGCAUUCUGCAGCAGGAGCAGGGGGAGGGCACGGCCUCGGGUGAGCAUGAGGGCGGGCCGGACGACCUCACCGCAUCGCUGACGAUGGCCAUCGAGGACGACGCGGAGCUGAAAAAGAGGGGGCCCAAGAGGAGGAGGGAGUCCAUACCUGAACACGCCAAAGUGCCGGACAGUAGGUUCUGCAUGAGCAUGAGAGUGGACACCUGGACGCGUUGUGAGAUGGAUGUGUGUGUGUGUGUCUGGGUGGUGGUGUGCAGUUGGUGCUGGUGAGGACUAUGUCGGGUACGGGCCGCUGUUCACCAUGCUGCGGGCGUUCGACCCCUCGCUCAGAGACGAGACCAUCAACGACGACCGACCGGUGAGAGACCGCCCGACCGACACACACUACGCUACUCCCUUUUCUCACUGUCUGUCUGUCUGUCCUCCUUGGUUGUGCCUUCCUUCCCAUGCCAUCAGCCUGAGUAUGGUCUUCAGCUGUGCAAGUCGCCUUUGUGGCGGUCGCUGCCGGCCGAGGGCAAGGCCGUCAAGGACAUAGCCAUCGGCAGGUGGCAGCUGGCGGUGCAGCUCAUGGACGGCCGGUGCUACCUUUGGAGACAGGCGUAAGCACAUCGACCCAUACACACACACACACAGAUGGCAUGGGAGGCACAUGAGUGUCUGUUGUGGCGGUGGUGGAUGGUGCCUGCAGGCACCAUGAGGUGCGCAUCGGUUGCGGUGUGUGGGAGCAUCUUGCGGGCCUUGACGGGCGGGACGUCAACCAGAUGACCAUAGCGUCCUCAUGCUCGCCAGAGGGCCGCCCGACCACACUUGAUGGGGGGGCUGUUGGCACAGCACAGAAACCGGACAGGUGCGCCCCCACACCCACAGCCGCAACCACAGGCUCACACAGACCAGACCACACAAACACACAUCCCGCUCUCCCCUUGUGUGAUGUGUGCUGUCAGGUUCUUCAUCGGUUGUGUGACGCGAGAGGGCGAGGCGCUGCACAUGCGGUGCAACACGGUGGUGCCCAGGAUGGAGGGCGUCGCCACGGUGGCCUUCCUGCCACAGUCGGCGCUGCAGUCGCCGUCACCCCCGAACCCGCCCAAAGCCAUUGCCAUGAGUGAGUGAGACACCACACACACACACACAGAGAGAGAGAGAGAGAGAGAUCCGUGUGUCCACCUGGCUGGCCAUGUGUGUUGUGUGGAUGAUGGAUGUCAGGCAUGAGUGAGUUCCUGGAGGAGCCCCCGCCCCCCUCCCCCGCAAUGGCCAUCAUAUGCGAGAACGACAGCAAAGAGUUCGACCAUCCCAGCGCUGCGGCAGACCACCCACAGCCACACCCACACCAGCAGCCCAGGAAGGACCGCUACUCGGUGUUUGUUAGGGGGUGAAUUGGCCACACACGCACACACACACACACAGGUAUGGGUGGGCAGGUCACUUGUGUGUGUGUGUGUGUGGGUGUAUGUGGGGUGUAGGUGUGACAACUUCCACGAAGACGGUCGCGAGAAGGAGCACUUCUUCGUCAGGUUCAAGAAAUUCUCAGCCAAACCUAUCAAGGUAGGUGACACCAUACGAGACGCGUCGGCCUGACUGUCUGUCUGUCUGUUUGUCUGUCAGGUGCUGAGCGGCCCCAGGGGGUGCUCCGGGCUGGUCCUGCUGGCCAACGGCCUGGUCUUCGAGUGGCGCAAGAUCAACGACGACACCAAGCCACGCAUGAGACAGGUGGCCAAAACACACCCACACCCACACAAGCGCAGAGAGACAUCAAGCCAACCACACCAGCAUCACGCCCAUCCAUAUGGCUGACAUGAUAGGUGUUGGGCUCUCUCCGCGGGAAGCGCGCGUUAGACAUCGGGAUGUGCGUGUCGCGGGGGAUGGAGUGCAUCGCUCUCACGGCAGACAGCGUGGUGCACGAGUGGAACAGGGACGAGGCGGCACACCUGCGGCUGCGGCCGUACAUCCCCGAACCAACCGAGUGGACGCCGCGACUGAAAAAGGAGGUAUACACCUGUCGGGGAGGGUGUGUGUGUGACUUCCAGUCCCUCUCUCUCUCUCUCUGUGUGUGUGUGUCUGACUGUCUGUCUGUCUGUCUGUCUGUACAGGUGUGGCACAAGGCGCUAGAGCAGCCCUACGCCCAGGGUCAGUUUGCCUGGUGGGCCAAGAAGCCAAACCUCUUCACCACCAAAUCCCCACCGACGGCCCAAUCGCCCAAGCUCAACGGCAUCACCAAAGAGGAGGGACCGGAGAGCUCACCACCCGCCCCACCACCAGCAGCUGCAGCUGCUGCUGCUGCAGCUGCUGCCCCGUCAGCGCGUCACGAGCAGCAGCAGCAACAGCAGCAGGAGGGUGGCGACCUAAGCCUCCUCAGCUACCUGAUCUCCUUCCCCUCCAGCGAGCACGCCCACCUGGAGGCGAGAAGGAAGCAGGAGAUCGAGGAGCUGUACCGCGUCAAGGUGCACGUGGUCCCCACCAACCAGCUCCCCCCCAACCCCUCCAACCCCCCCGCCUCACUCCCCCUCCCUCCCCCCUUCCCCCUCUCGACAACGGACUUCUCAUACGUCGCCGAGGAGCCCCCGAGAGACCCCCUCGUCAGUGUCUAUCUGCUCGAGGGCGUCACGAUGGGCGUGACGAGAAGCGGGCGGAUGCGGGGGAUGCCUAAUGGUCUGGGGGUGUGGCGGGGCGGGUGCGGUAUGCGGCCGGUGGGGGCCGAGGGGGUGUUUGGCCGACAUGUGGCUCAGGAGCUGGUUGAGAGGUUUGACGCGUCGAUGCUGCUGCGCGAGUCGCCGUACUUUUACUAUGAGCGGGUCGCAAAGAUGGUCGGUCAGACAGCAAAGCAAUGACCGACGAACAAGGACACAGACACGUAAUCAAUGGUCUAUGUCUCCGUCUCUGUCUCUUCGCUUUGUCUUCAACAGGAGAAGGCCGCCCAGCCAGCGCUGCCCCCACCCCCAGCACUAGCCAUAGAGGACCAGCAGCCACCAUCGACGGAGCCAGCCCCGCAGCUCACACCAGCAGCAGCAGCACCACCACCACAGCCAUCCGAUGACCAGCCCCCUGCAGACGCUCCCCCAGCACCAUCACCACCGCCCCCCGUCAUCUUCAUCGAGCCCUACCCCGGCGAGAGGAACCUCCUGCCCAUCUGCGGCGACCGCAAAGUCGACUACCGCAUUCGAUUCCACCUCAACGCGGCCGCCCAGCGGCAGAAGCCCAUCUGCCGCCUCAUCACCAGCCCCACGGGCGUCAUUGUGGGCCACGUCGCCGAGGGCGUCAUCCCAACCGACAUCGGCCUGGCCAACAACCACUGCAGGACCCUGACCAAGGGCAGCAGCCGCAGGAAAUCGGGGGCGGGGAGGGGCCGCAGACGCUCGUCUGCGGGGACUCGGCAGCCAGCGGUGAAUGCUGGUGGUCUUGGCGCUGGCCUCGGUAUAGGUGUUGUGAGUGCUGAGGGCGGUGCUGGCGGUGCUGGUCGUGGUGCACAGCGCCGACGCGGGAGAGGCCGAGGAGGGCCGGCGGCUGCCGCUGCUGGUCCGAGUGCGGCUGGUGGUGGUGCUAGAAGUCCGGUGGGUGCGAGGGGAGUUGCCAGACCGAGGCAGAGGGUGGUUGUGGACGAGGAGGGGGAGAGUGAGGAGGACGACGAGAAGACCGAGGAGGAGGACGAGACCAGCGAGAAGGAGAAGGAGGAGAAGCAGGCCGACAGGGGGAAGGCCGAUGCCGAUCAAGACAUGGACAACGAAGCAGAAGAGGACGACGACGAGCACGAAGAAGACGGUACAACACAACCAGCCACUCACACACACACACUCACACAAACACACACACAAGGAAGCAGAUGGCAUGGCCACAGGCCCGCAUGCCCCAUGUGUGUGUGUUCAGAGGAUGAGGACGAUGAGGCGAGGCUGCUUCUGGGGGCGGAGGACGACCGGCCGUCUGCGCGCGAGGGCGGGGGCGGUCGUCGCGGCCUCGACGACGGCUAUGAGGGCGAGUGGGAGGUGCGCACGAUCCUCGACAAGCGGCAGAAGGCCAACGGGCAGAUCGAGUACAAAGUCCAGUGGACCAUGCAAGGUACCUCGGUACACACACAUCGAUGGAUGCGACACACACAGAUGUGUGUGUGUGUGUGGAUGGUGUGUGGUGUGCAGGUUUCUCGCCGACAUGGGAGCCGGCAGAGAACCUCAAGAACGCCCAGGAGCUGAUAGACACCUUCAACGCCACCCGUGAGCAGACCAGGUCUGGCAGAGCCAUCGUCAAGAGAGGCGCAGAGGUGCGGUGGGUGUGUGUGGGCGGUGCACACACACACGCGGAGGGGGGUAGGGGGAGAGCAGCGGGCGUAGUGACAUCUGUGGAUGUGUGUGUGGAUGUGUGUGUGUUGUCUGUGUGUGUCAGGAGGGCUUUGCCCCCGUUGAAGUGUUGAAGGCCUACAACCUGCUGUGAUGUGAUAUGGCGUAGGUAGUUGAUUUGGCGGGGAGAGAAAGGAGCGAUGCCUGCAGGGCAGGAUGUACCUACCUACCGUAGCUUAGCACUCAUUUCAUUGGCCUGGCCAUGGGAUGAAUGGGAUGGGUAAGCUUGUGUGGCUAUAGCAUAGCAUACUCACACACACACAUACACACAUGCCACACACGACAGACACGCAUAGGUAACUUACUUUGACUAACUGACCUAUUUGUCAUUUUCGGAUGGAUGGAUGUUCUGAGAGCUGAGCGACUUGAUGCAUGGCAUGGAUGCAGCCACUCUUGACCGAUCAAACCAUUCCGUCAGUC